ACGUACACAUACAAAGCACAUAACACAGUUUUGGAGAAGAAGAUUAUAGAGAAUAUAGAGCGAGCGUCAAAAAAAAGAUAAAGCUGCAGAGAGAAAAAGGCUAUGGCAGGACCAGAACAAGUGAAGGCAGUGGGAGCCGAGGGAAUGAAGGUUCCUUCCCCGGGGCAGCACUCGACUGAGGUACUCCACCAGCGUAGAAAACUGCCAUUCUGUCCGGUGAGAAUGGCCAUUGGUGGCUUUGCCAUCACCGCCGCCCUCGGUUUCUUGGUCUUGUACUCCAAGAAGAAGCCGGAAGCCUCCGCCGCCGACGUUGCCAAAGUUGUCGUCGGAGUUGCCCAUCCAGAAAACACCCACCCACGCCAUUAGAUAUCCAUCUUCAUUCAUAAUAAUUUCAUAUGCCUGGUUUUAUCUUCUUUUUUUGUUGCCUGAAGAUGUAGCACAAAUAAAGCCUCCAUUAUGUGCUAUACGAUGGGUCUC